UGAUAUGAAAUAUGAAAUAUGUAAAUCCAUAACGUGUAUGAAGUAUAGAUAUGAAUAUGGAUCCAUAAAUAUGCAUAAAUUAUGAAUAAAUUAAGAUUAAAGACAUGGAUGACGUCACACCAACGACGUCAUGAACAUGACGUCAUGGAGAUGACGUCAUGCUCUAUAACCAACCAUGACGUCAUAGUAUUGCGUCAGGAUUGCGAAAUGGGGGAGGGUCGGCAGGCCUGGACUUGCAGGGACGUGACGGGGCAGGAAAAGGAGUAAAACAAAAGGGGGAAAAUCGAGGGAAAAGCUAUAAAAUGGGGAGAAGAAAUGCCCUUUUCAUCAAACCAGCGAAGGCAUCCACAACUACGAAGAGAAAAUUACAUCGAGGGUAGACGAAUUACAACGAGGGGAGACGCAUUAUGGCUGGAUAUUAUAAUAACACCUAUGACACACCCCUAGUGUCGCCCCCAGACAGGAGAGGAGAAGAUCGACACGAGGCAGAUUCGAUGUAUUCUGAAAAUCCUUUGUUUAUAGCCGAUGAACAAGCCUACACGGAAACACAGCAUUACCGAAACCAGGAUAGAGAAAACGAUCAGCAAAAAGAAGGGGCGGAGCCCUCUGACAGAAAGCUGAAAUCAUCCAACCCCUACCACGCUGGAAAAGACGAGGAGGUAAAGAUGGGCUGGACUGCAAAACCAGAAGACAAAGACGACGACGUGGAAUCGGAAGUGCUCUUCAAAUGCCCAAUCAGCUUGAAGAAGGACCGUCCAAAAUAUCUCGUGUUAACAGAACCAUUGAUGGGGUUCGAGGUCUUGCUCAACGUUCACCCGCAAUACAUCCUUCAACGGAAGAUAAUGCAGCAACAUCAGCAACGGUAAGUGAACCUAACGUAACUUCAAAUACUUUAGUAAGAGAUGUGGGUACUAAGUGUAACCUCGCUAGCCAUGGAGUUCAUGCAGCUUCCGAUAUCGAAAAUAGGAAUUGGUCCGAUGAUGAGGAUUUUGUUAUUACAAAUCCCAAGACGGGUAGAGGUCAAAAGCGGCGCCAAGCUCCCUCUUUCAAAAAGGUUUGCGAUUCAAAAUCAAAAAAGUCUAAAUUGAGUACCAAAA